AUGAGAGUCUACGUGGUUCUCGCUGUCCUGGUAGCUGUCUACAUCAGCCAAGCACAAGGGCUGACGGAACUCGUUGAUAAUGUGCAGCAUUCACUCGAAAACUACGGCCUAUUACUGAAAUAUACCCAAGAAAGCCUGAUAGAGGGUUAUGCACAAGUGUUAUCAAAAGCAAGCGCAGAGGCUAACGCAAGUCUUCAAAAACAGAAACCUUUGAUACAGCAAGCCCGCGAGCAAGGAAAGGAUCCGAAAAAAUGCGUCAGCGAAUUGAACGAAAAUACCGAGGCCGUGAUUAAGACAACACGUGAUCAAAUGGGAUCAUGUUUUAAUGACAAUAUUCCUCAUUAUGUGGACAUAAAUGAGAAACGAAUUGAAUUAACGAAGAAGAGACUGAGCACUCAUGAAGAUCAGGCUCGAAGUUGUAUGGCUGGUUUAACAGCACAGGUAGCAGAAAACGCACAAUCACCAGCACCAGGUAACGUUAAUAAUCCACAAGGAGGUGCAGGCCAAGGCAAUCCACCGGUAGUAAAUCAGAAUAAUCCACAAGGAGGUGCAGGCCAAGAAGGCGGUGCAGGCCAAGGCAAUCCACAGGUAUUAAAUCAGAAUAAUCCAGAAGGCGGUGCAGGCCAAGACAAUCCACCGGUAUUAAAUCAGCCUAAUCCAGAAGGAGGUGCAGGCCAAGGUAAUGCACCGGUAUUAAAACAGCCUAACCCAGAAGGAGGUGCAGGCCAAGGUAAUGCACCGGUAUUAAAUCAGCCUAAUCCAGAAGGAGGUGCAGGCCAAGAUAAUGCACCAGUAUUAAAUCAGCCUAAUCCAGUAGGAGGUGCAGGGCAAGGCAAUCUGCCAGGACAAAAUCAAAAUAAUCCAGAAGAAGGUGCAGAGCAAGACAAUCAACUACAACCAGGUGGAAAAUAA